CCCCAUUCUAGGUAUUCUACCCUUCACUUGCACAUCACAAAUGCCCUUUCCUUGAAGGCCUAUAAAAUCCUCCUAUUAUCAUUUUUCUGGAACAACAUGAGUUAUCCAAUUGGUGUGGGACAUGAUAAUUGGAAGACAUGGGUAAGGGAAGGAAGAGGGGUAGGAUCCAGUUGGUGGAAGGAUAUAUGUAGGAUAGAUGUGUUGGUGGAGAAUAAAAAGGGAUGGCUCUCUGAUGGAUUUGAGGUGCUGGUGGGUGAUGGAGGAGAUUUAAGCUUUUGGAGGGACUUAUGGUGUGGGGAGGAAGUCUUAGCUAACAAAUUCCCAAGACUUUAUUUGCUUUCUACUGGAACAAAUAAUAAGAUAAGGCAAAUGGGAGCCUGGAUUGAUGGUAAAUGGUGUUGGAUGUUACCAUGGAGGCGUAAUCUACUAUCCUGGGAGUUACAAUCAAAGGAGGAAUUGGAGAAACUACUAGAUUCAGUCAAGCUCCAUGAAGACAGGAAGGACAAAUGGUUAUGGAAGCAUGGCAAGGAUGGUGACUAUUCAACAAGGUCUUGCAUUGACUACACGAAAGAGAAUUGGUUGGGAGGUAGUAUGGUUUGCUUUGACUUGGACAAUUUGGCUUACUAGGAAUGAAGUUUUGUUCAACCA